UUGGUUUCUUUCUCCCUUUCUCCCUCCCUUUCUUUCAUUCACAAAACUCGGCCAAAAAAACCCUAGCACUGGAAGCCUACACCACAGCAGACGUCCGUCCGUCUAUCUAGCUUCCCUCGUGCUCCAAGUCUUCAACCCCUGUUCGCUUUCACCGAUCGCAGUUGCUUCCUCGAGCUCGGCGUCCGUCGUCUUUGUCUGUUCAGCCGCGCUUCCGCCGCCGUUUGUUUGCCGUUCACGUUCGCGUCUUCGUUCAGCCGUCGUCUUCGUUCGCGUUCUUCGCUGUUCAAGUUUGCUCGGCGUUCACCGUUCGCGUUCACUCGCCGUUCACCGUUCGGGUUCGCAUUCGCGUUCGUCUGGAAGCCACGUUGGUCUGCUUCAAACUCUGCGACCAACCCGCGCGCUCCACCUAGCCGUGGAACUGCUCUCUUUCAUCGCCGCCGAAAUUCUUUGAGGUAUAUAAGAAUUAAGAAGGAAGAUUAUUUCAACAUUGAACCAAUAAACCAGUGAACCAGUAAUUAGAACAGUUCGAUAACUGGUCCGGUUUUCAGAACCUUGCCAUCCACGACCUCAAGUCUCAGCUCACUAUCUCCCAAGACUCACAGAUUCACUGACUCUCACCUCUCAACCUCACUCACCGCAGUUCCGCAUGUUCAUCGCUAAACACCGGCAGCCAACGAAGAGUACGUCACUCGUCACUCCCCUUGCCGGCUCCUCUGCCUCAUCCCCCGCCGCCAGUGUCUGCUCGCCUCUGCCUUCUCCGUCUGUGAUGUCCCGGCCGCCUUGGCUCCAUCGUGCCUCGCCUGUCUCUGCCUCUGCUUCCUCCGUCGUCAUCGCGUUGGCUCCUCUGCAGGCUCUGCCCUGCUCGUGUUGAAGUUUUGCGCUCUCUCGACGGUGGCCUGCUCUGCAACUGUGCAACACUGCAAAACGACCCCAAGUUGGAAAACCGCACCUGACUCUGUUUCUGACUUUCUGCUUCUGCAUUGUAGGGUAGAACAACGAUGCUAAAAGGUGCAAAAAAAAGAGAGCGAAUGUAUGGAAAACUAGAAACACGAAAAUAUUCAACAAAGAAUCUGUGAAUGUGGAGGAGAUGUGAAGGCUGAUUUCGUUUUAUAAGGAGCCUUGGAAAGGAGGCAGGGAAAACAGGAUAAUUGAUCAUUGAAGCUUUUGUUCUGUGCCUGUAGCUUGUGGAUUUUUUUGUGUUAUGGGUGAUUACUAGUUACUUUGUUUUGUGUUGAUUGAUCUAUGUUUUGUAUUCUUGUUUUGGUUGUAUCUUUUCGUCCUGUUGCUGCUGGUUGUUGCAGUUGUUUUGCUCCUCAGCACCCUGUUUAGGUUUAUGGAUGUGACUUAGGCUUUUCUAGAGGAAUGUUCAUCUUCACAAAAAAAAUAUCUGAAUGGCGGCCAUUUGUUUCCCAGUGUUACACCCAUCUCUUCACUGCAGCUGCUGCUAAGUCUUCUCUCUCCUUCGUUGCUGUUGAUAUGUACAUGUAUCUCCCGCAAGGCUGCAACCUUUGAGCUUGCUCUCGCUGUUGCUAUGUAAUGUCUUCUGUCCAGAAUUUUUUUUAUGCCCCCUGUGAAUUCACGAUGUUGAAUGACAUGAUAUAUGUUUUGUAUUUUGUAGGUUUGCUUAUGUGUGCUUGGAAACACAUGAGGUGGGCUUUGUUUGUUCACAACAGCAAGCCACACCACCAGGUCAUGAGAGUGACAAGACUGCUAGCUCGUGUCUUCUUGUCUCGCUGCUACGCAUCAUCCUGUCAUUGUUUGCAGUGGGGUGGUGGCAACAACACCAGCAGUAGUAGUAACAUCAUCAAUGAACACAAAACUAAAACAAAAACCAAAAUGGAAUUGGUUAUGAGUAGGAUUGAUGUUGUGCAUUCCACAGUGGCCAGGUGCCCCUCUGACUUGAUUACCCUUUCCUUUUUUAUCUGGACUGCCCGGCGCCAGAAUUACUAUAAUGAUUUUAAUUAUAAUUACUCUCAUGAUAUCCGUGCCCUUGAUUACAUGGUCCCAGUGCUUCAACGUCUCACCAACCAUUACAAAACCCUCCAAGUUAUUCUUUUUCAGUUGGAGACUAUAGGAUGUGUCAUAAAGCGUGCAACUUACAUCCUCUUAUUAAGGAUUUUAUGGCAUGCCGAAAUGCAUCCCAUGGUGCUUGAGGCUUAUCACCUGAUGCAAGUUUCGGGCUUCGAACCUAAUACAUUUGCUCGUAAUAUCCUCAUGGAUGUUCUAUUUAAAAUUGGCCAACCCAAUCUCGCAUUGAGGGUUUUCCACCACACGGAAGCCCCAAACUUCUUCACCUUUAACUAUGCACUUUGUCAUCUAUCUAAGUUAAAUGAUAUUACUCACACCGGUUAUGUGUUUCGACUCCUGUUGAGGAUGGGCUAUUAUCCCAGCAUUCCCAUGUUUGAGAUGCUUCUCAAUUGUUUCUCUAGGAUGAAUGGAUUACUUCAGGUGUAUCAAGUGCUGGGUCUCAUGAUUUCUUUAGGGUUUGAAUUGUCUGUUAACAUUUGGACGAUUCUCAUCCAUACAUACUGUAAAGUGGGGAGACUUGAUGUUGCUCGCAAUCUGCACUUGAAAAUGGCUGGAAGUGGUUGUUCCCCUAAUGUUGUGACAUAUACAAUCUUGUUCAAGGCAUUUAUGCAAUCUGGCAUGGUCACUGAAGCCUUAGAUUUGUUAAAGAUCAUGUUAUCUACUGACCAAAAUCCGGAUUUAAUUCUUUGUAAUGUAUUAAUUGAUUGCCUUUCAAAGGUUGGAAGGUAUCAGGAUGCAGUUGAAGUUUUUGCCGGUUUGUCAAAACAAAAUCUAAAACCUGAUUCUUAUACCUUUACUUCAUUGUUGUCUACAAUUUGUCUUUCGGGAAAGUUUUAUCUAUUACCCAAGUUUAAUCUAUUACCCAAACUAGUCUGUGGAUAUGUAGAUACUGAUUUAGUGCUAUGUAAUGCACUUUUAUGCUCUUUUGUUAAGGCUGGACUUCCCUCUCAUGCAGUUGAACUCUAUAAUAAUAUGGUUGAUAAAGGUUUUACACCAGAUAACUAUACUUUUGCUGGAUUACUGACUGGACUUUGUGCUUCGAGAAGAAUUGAAGAAGCAGUUAAUGUUUACCGUGGUCUUUCCAUGAGUUACCCUGAUGUUGAUGCUCACAUCCAUACUGUGAUAAUAGGAGGGCUUGUCAAGGUUCGGAAAUAUAACAUGGCUGCUGAUGUUUUUAGAUUUGCAGUAUUGAAAAAAUAUCCACUUGACGGUGUAGCAUUCGGAGUUGGCAUAUAUGCACUACUUAGAUGUGGAAGAAUUCAAGAGGCCCGUGCAAUGUAUGACCAGAUGAAGGUGAAUGGUCUUAGACCUGAUGGUCAUACAUUUAAUCUGAUGAUUUAUGUAUUUUGCAGAGAAAAAAAUCUUCAAAUGAUUAAAGUAAUGCUACAAGAGAUGAUUGAUUUUAGGGUAGAAUUGAGUGACAGGAAUUUAUUAAACAUAUCUAAACUUCCAUGUGGAUCAGAGACAUACUUUUCUACUUUGAACUUGUUGUCUAAGAUGAGAGGUUUAGGAUUAUUAUCUGCAAAGGUGUUGCACUCAUCAAUCUUAAAUGCACAAACUGAAGGUGAAGAAGCAAAAGAAAAAGUUUAUACCAAAUCUGAAUCGGAACAGAACUUACUUUCAUAUUCAUCCAGUUCUGAAGACCUAUCAGACAUUGCUGCAGUUUGUUGAGCUCUUAUGCUUAACAUGCAUCCAAUUUCUUCUUGAAGGGCCAUUCAAUUUACUUAUCCUGAAUAUAUCAGCACAUUGAUAACAGUAUGUACAAUGAUAGAAGUUUUGCAAUGGCAAGAGGAGCGUCAAAAAAGCAGCUCGUCAAUUUCAUUGUGUUAACAGUUUCCUGAGGUGAGCGUGGUGGUUUGCAUUGAUGAUAAAGCCAAAACACCUAUCCGAAAGCUCACAUUGAGCUAGCUGCUAUUAAUACCCCGGUGCAGGGUAAUGUAGCAGAUGAUACCGAACGCCAUGUUGGAAGCUUUGAAUAAUAGAGAGUUGAAGGAGCUUGGAUGGAACUUAUUUCUAUAGUGAAGAUAUGACAAUUCAGGACCAACCAAUUCAGCUGAGGCUGCAAGGGCCAUAGUUGUUGAGUGCAUAUCCAAACACAUCAAUGGCAAGAACAUUCUUAAGGUUGACCUCUCUUUUGAUGCAAAGUUUUCUCAGAACUGGUAUUAGAACACUCCAUGAUACAGCGUGAAGGGCCAUGUCUCUAUUUGGUAUAGAUAUUACCCUAUUUUGGCUGCAUGGUCUGUCGGUUAUUGCUAGUAAAAGAGGUUGCUAUGUUGGUGCAUUUGUUUUUGAAGGAGAAAGUAAUGUCUUAAAUAUUAUCUUUCUACUUGAUUUCCUUGGAGGCUUCUGGAGUCGUUCGAAUGUUAUGUAUAUUUUAGUCAUGCAAAAGCGUAGAGCAUUUCUCUAAGAGAGCAAAAAUGCCAUGUUACCUGUCUCUGCAUUUAAAUCUUCCCCCUUGUUUCCCCCUUGUUUUGAAAUCCAAGUGUGUAUUCAUAUGUGUAUAUAUUGAUAGGCCAUGAGUGUGAGGAUGGGUACAUUCCAUUUUCUAAGUCUCAUUUGUAAAACAUACAUUCUUUUGCCUUCUAAUUAGUUCAAUCAUGAAUAAUAACAAUUGUGCUUCUUCUUCCAA